GCGACCUCUUGGGCGCAGACUCUAAAUUGCCCCUGACCGCACGUGAGUUGACGGGUGCCAGCAAGCAUCCGAUGCUGCGGCCGCUGCGGCUGAUACCCUCGGGUGUGCAGGGCUAUCACCGCGAGAUUAUCGCCGCCUGCAAUGAUGCUUUCGCCUACUCGUCUACGAUGUCACUGCACAUCUUCCGCCUUAAGGACAACUCGCUGCAGAAGGUGAUUGCAGCGCACGAACGGCCGAUAACCUCAAUUUGCUGGUGUCCUGAGGACAGCCGGCUUCUGGCGUCUUGCUCUUUGGGGAUGCGCCUUACCAUUUGGGAUAUUGACAACGAGGAGGAGCGCGUCGCACUCAAGGUGGGCGAGGUGCCAGUGAUUAUGGACUGGGCAAGCUCCGGUGACAAGAUUGCGCUUGCAACUACUGCUGGCAGCAUCAUGCUCUGGGACUACAAGGCAAACAAGGCAAACAAGCUCUUCAGCGUACCGGAAAAGAGCGCAAAGGUGCUCAGAUGGCACCCGCGGAACGCGCAGAAGCUUUUGUGUGGCACGGACGACGGCUCCGUGACAGUGUACAACACGCAGCAGCAGAAAAAGGUGCUGAUCGUGGGGAAGUCGAAGACAUCGAAAGACGCUGUGACUGAUGCGCAGUGGGAUCCGCUGUCAGAUGACUACCUUCUGAUCUCGUUUGCGGACGGUUCGCUCACCCUGUUUGACGCCAGCAAGCUAACGGAGGUGCACAGCUUUGACAAGCAGGCGCAAGCCAUAAGGAGCAUUGCCUGGGCCAAAGCUCAGCCCGGCAACUUUGUCUCUGCCACCGACCGCGUCGGGAUCUUGAAGCUUUGGAACGUUUCACAGCGGGCGCCGAUGGGCCAGAUCAAGGUGGGCACCAGCGGUGUGCUUUGCGUCAAGGCUGUGCCGAGUGAGCCGAACUGGUUCAUUCUCUCGUUUAAGAAUAGCGCUGUGGGCGUGUGCGACAUCGCUUCCCGCACUAUGCGCUUUAUGACAUCACCAGGCCAUUCCGAGACGAUCUUCGACGUGGCCUUCCACCCAAAGGCAAAUCGCUAUGGCAGCUCAGCGUUGUGCUCCAGCUACUUUCCGUAUCGCUACGAAUCAAACAUGCUGACAGCGCCGGACAAGAAGGUGCUGCAGCUGCCCAUGCCGCCCGAGGUCUUGCCUGGCGACCAGAUCCAUCUGAUCAAGAACUCUGAAGACAACUGGGUCUUCAAGAACAUUGUCAGACCAGGACCUCCCCAGAAGAAAUCCGCGGAGGAUGUGGAGAAGGAUCUUAACGGCCCUGACGUUGUCAAGGUACGCUUAGAUACCACCAAGGGGCAGAUCGUGCUGAAGCUGGUGCCAAGCUGGUCCCCAAAUGGCGUGCGGCGAAUGCUGGAAUUGGUGGAUGAUGGCUUCUUUAAGGACCUGGCGAUCUACCGUGGUGUACCCAACUUCCUGAUUCAGUUUGGGAUUGCGAAUCCCAACCGCAAGAAGGCUUACACAAUGAUUCCAGAUGACGCCCUUGCUGGCGUGCCAUAUCUCGAAGGCACUGUUGGUUUUGCCGCCGCUGGGCCGAACACACGAACUCAGCAGCUUUGCCUUUUUCUGGGCGCUCAACCGGGAUUGGGCCAGAACUCAGUGGAGACGCCCAUCGGGCGUGCGAGCGCCGAGAGCCUGCCAGUGCUCCGGGCGCUGAAGCUUCUGGGCGACAUUCCCCAGUGCGGAGGCUCCGGGCCGGAUCCCACCAAGCUGGCAGACUUGGGCAAUGACUACAUCGCCAAGAGCUUUCCGGGCUGCGACUUCAUUACGGGCGCUGCACGUAUUUGA